AUGGAUGCGCCAUCGGACGCCGGGCAUCGCCGGGCUCGCGGCGGCCUCGGCGAGCCCCCCUGCGGGGCGCGAGCGCCGACAGCGCCCUGGGCGCGCUUCUCGGCCUGGCUGGAGUGCGUGUGCGUGGUCACCUUCGACCUGGAGCUGGGCCAGGCGCUGGAGCUGGUGUAUCCCAGCGACGUCCAGCUCACGGACAAGGAGAAAAGCAGCAUCUGCUACCUGUCCUUCCCCGACUCCCACUCAGGCUGUCUUGGGGACACACAGUUCAGCUUCCGGAUCCGGCAGUGUGGAGGGCCGCGGCGCCCCCGGCACGGGGAUGACGGGCACUAUGACAGCGGGGCCCCUGCUCUGCUGCAGCGGGAGCCGGCCCACUACUUCGGCUACGUGCACUUCAGGCAGGUGAAGGACAGCUCCGUGAAGAGGGGCUACUUCCAGAAGUCGCUGGUGCUGGUGUCCCGCCUGCCCUUCGUCCGGCUGUUCCAGGCACUGCUGAGCCUGAUGGCCCCCGAGUACUUCAACAAGAUGGCGCCCUGCCUGGAGGCGGCAUGUAACGAGAUCGACCAGUGGCCAGCCCCUGUCCCCGGGCAGACCCUGAACCUGCCUGUCCUGGGCAUCGUCCUCCAGGUGCACGUCCCAUCCAGGCUGGACCCGCCUGAGCGCAGCCCUCCAAAGCUGUGUGGCCCUGAGAACCUACUGCCGGCCCCCAUGGUCCUCAGCAGUGUCCACGAGCUGGAUCUGUUCAGGUGCCUGCAACCGGUGCUGACCCAGGUGCACACACUGUGGGAGCUCAUGCUCCUUGGGGAGCCCCUGGUGGUCCUGGCGCCCUCGCCGGCCACGUCCUCGGAGCUGGUGCUGGCCUUGACCAGCUGCCUGCAGCCCCUCAAGUUCUGCUGUGACUACCGGCCCUACUUCACCAUCCACGACAGCGAGUUCAAGGAGUUCACCACCCGCACGCAGGCCCCACCAAACGUGGUCCUGGGAGUCACAAACCCUUUCUUUAUCAAAACACUCCAGCACUGGCCCCACUUCCUCCGCAUCGGGGAGCACAAGAUGGCAGGGGACCUUCCUAAGCAGGUCAAGCUGAAAAAGCCCUCCAGGCUGAAGACCAUGGAUCCCAAGCCAGGCCUCUACACUGCGUACGCCGCCCACCUGCAGCGCGACCGGGCGCUGCUCCGCCGCCUGCGCAAGGGCGUGCAGAAGAAGAGGCCGCCAGAUGCGCAGACGGCGCUGUUGCGACGGCACCUGCUGGAGCUCACGCGCAGCUUCCUCGCCCCGCUGGAGCAAUACAUGGCCAGCCUCAUGCCCCUGCAGAGGAUCGUCGUGCCCUGGAAGAUGCCCCCCCAGAUCCGCCCCUUCAGCCAGGACGACUUCCUGCGGAGCCUGGGACGCACGGGGCCGCAGCUCUCCUGCAGCCGCAAGGGCGACUGGCCAGGCCUGUAUAGGCGGUUCUUCAAGUCCCCGCACUUUGACGGCUGGUACCGACAGCGGCGCAGGGAGAUGGGCCGGCAGCUGGAGGCCCUGCACCUCGAGGCCAUCUGCGAGGCGAACGUGGAGACGUGGAUGAAGGACAAGUCUGAGGUGGAGAUUGUGGACCUGGUUCUGAAGCUUCGGGAAAAGCUGGUGCGGGCGCAGGGCCAGCAGCUCCCGGUGAAGGAGUCGACGCUGCGGCAGGCGAGGCUGUCCAUGGAGACGGUCAUCAGCUCCCUGCCCAGAGACCUGCAGGCUGUCCUGUGCCCUUCCUAGGGAGCCUGGGCUCCUCCUCCUCUACCCAGAGCGCCUGGUCCCAGCAGCGCGCGGGCACCCCCAGCUGCCCCAUGCUCCCAGCCUUGGUCCCCUGCUGGCACCGGCCUUGCCCCAGCAGUAAAGAUGGCAUUUAAC